UGUUACUUAUGAAUUUUACACAGUAUAAAUAAAUAAUUUGGAAGAGGUUGACUCAAUAUGUGGCAGUAUAUUGAAAAGAUUUUAGAAGCUAUUAGAAUAAAGAAGCUGUUGGCCCGCCUCUCAAGAGCAAAGGAAAACGCACUGAGGGAGCUGAUAGGGUUACCACCGAAAACAUCAUGGUUUGAUGAGUGUACCACAACUUUCAUGACAAUUAUGAAGGAUAAACUUUGCCAGACAUUCUGUCCGUGCUGUGUGUAUGACAUAAACAGACGCAAAAAACGGCCAUCAUGUUGGACAAGUCCUACAUUCAGGGAGUUUUUAGGUUUUCUGGGAGGCAUUACAUUGACAAUGAUCUCGUUUUUAAUACUCGUCUACCAGAUGGAGAUGCCGCCUGAAACUGCGUUCCCUCUUUGCGCAUUAGGAGGGCUCGUGCUAACUUUGACGAUGGCAUUCUCAAUGAGUGUUCGAUGCCUCGUGCUCCUCAUGCUACCACAGUUCUUUUCUGGUAAGUAUGGAAUCCUUUUAGAUCCAUGUUGUAUUUCACAUUCUCAACAUGGGGAGCAAAAAUUGUCUUCGUUAUUAAAGAGAUAA